UUUCUUUUCAGUGUGGAGAGUGAUCUGUGCAAAACGCAACCCAAAUAGGGGUUUUCUGCUCAAAGCCAGCUGGUCUGGCUUUAUUUCUUUUGUCUUUUUUCUCCCUUUCUUCUUUUCCCUGUUGUCUUUCUUUUCCUUUUUUUUUUUUCUUUUUUACCCGAAACCGGUGAAUGUUUGACUGACCUGGCCCACAGCAGGUGCUGGAGGGUGUAUCUUCCUGGAGAAGACAGUAAACGUCGCUGGUGCCAAGGGAAGAAAAAAAAAGACCCUGGAACCUGGGAAAGACACCGCUCAUGACGUGCUGAACCUCGGAGCGGGAGACAGACGGAAGGAUCUGAAGUGGAAGUUUUGACAGAAGGAGACGCGCAUGUGGAGUGGAUGACGGAGGCUGCGAAUUGAGAGUAGCGAGUGUCGAAAAGAAAGGUCGCCUUGAGGAUUCUCGAGAAGAGCGAAAGAAGAACGUUUAUUACCUUGGGGAGAGCAGUGAAGAGAAGACGGGGACGAUGGGGAGGAAAAAGAUUCAGAUUGCCAGGAUUAUGGAUGAACGCAACAGACAGGUGACGUUUACGAAAAGGAAGUUCGGUUUGAUGAAGAAGGCCUACGAGCUGAGUGUUCUGUGUGACUGCGAGAUUGCCCUCAUCAUCUUCAACAGCACCAACAAGCUGUUCCAGUACGCCAGCACCGACAUGGACAAGGUGCUGCUCAAGUACACCGAGUACAACGAGCCGCACGAGAGCCGGACCAACUCUGACAUCGUGGAGACUCUGCGGAAGAAGGGCUUAAACGGCUGCGACAGCCCCGACAUCGACGCCGAAGACUCGGUCUGCCACAGCCCGGACUCCGAGGACAAGUACCGCAAGAUCAACGAGGACAUCGACCUCAUGAUCAGCAGACAGCGGCUGUGCGCUAUCCCCCCCUCUAACUACGACAUGCCAGUGUCCAUCCCUACCAGCAACCCCAACAGCCUGAUCUACAGCCACCCGGGCGGAUCCCUGGGCAACCACAACCUUCUGCCAUUGGCCCACCCCUCCCUCCAGCGGAACAGCAUGUCCCCAGGGAUCACGCAUCGCCCACCUAGUGCAGGAAACACAGGUGGCCUCAUAAGUUCCGACCUCACCACCAGUGCAGGCACCAGUGCUGGAAACGGGUACGGGAACCACCGCAACUCCCCCGGGAUGCUGGUGUCCCCAGGCAGCAUGAACAAGAACCUGCAGGCCAAGUCCCCCCCGCCCAUGAACCUGGGCAUGAGCAACCGCAAGCCGGACCUGCGCGUGCUGAUCCCGCCCGGCGCCAAGAACAACAUGCCCUCCAUCUCUGAGGACGUUGAUCUCCUAUUGAACCAGCGGAUAAAUAACUCACAAUCUGCCCAAUCCUUGGCUACCCCUGUGGUUUCUGUAGCAACGCCAACUCUACCAGGACAAGGAAUGGGAGGGUACCCAUCUGCCAUUUCCACCUCAUAUGGUACUGAAUACUCUCUGAACAGUGGCGACCUGUCUCUGACGGGCUUUAACAGCUCCGGGGGCUUGCACCUGGGCUCCAUGACGGGCUGGCAGCAGCAGCACCUGCAGAACAUGCAGCACUCUGCCCUGGGCCACUUAGGAAAUUGCACUAGCACUCACUUAUGUCAGAGUUCAAAUCUCUCCCUGCCUUCUGCUCAAAGCCUGCACAUCAAGUCCGAACCUGUUUCUCCUCCUAGAGACCACCCCGGGGUCACGCCCGCGGGUUACGCGCACCAGCAGGCCCCGUCCCGCCAGGACUCGGGCCGCUCGCCCGUCGACAGCCUGAGCAGCUGCAGCAGCUCGUACGAGGGCAGCGACCGCGAGGACCCCCGCAACGAGUUCCACUCGCCCCUGGGACUGAUGCGGCCGUCGGCGGAGGAGCGGGGGAGCCCGUCGGUCAAACGCGUGCGCCUGACCGAGGGCUGGGCCACAUGAUAAAGCGGGCCGCGCCCGCGACGCCGCUCCCUCCCUCCCUCGCUCGCUCGCUCGAUCGGUCCCCCGCCCCCCCC